GACAAUUUGGAGCUAUUAACACGCCAAAAAAAUAUUUUCACUCUGAAUAAGUCCCAAAGGCAUACUCUUAUACAUAGCCCAUUCUUAAACCCACACUAAGACCUAGCCGCUUCUUAUUUUCUUGCCUCUUAAACCCUGAAUACUUGUUUUCAUCAGAUAUCUAUGGCUUUCUACAACAAACUUGGUGGUCUUUUGAGGCAGAGCAUUUCAACAAGCGGCAAUGCAUUGAACGCACAAUCAUCAGCACCUUCAAUGCUUAAUGCUAUCCGUUGCAUGUCAACAAAACUAUUCGUUGGGGGUCUUUCAUAUGGAACUGAUGAUCAGUCUCUAAAGGAUGCCUUCACCAGCUUUGGUGAUGUUGUCGAUGCUAAGGUAAUCAUGGAUAGAGAUUCUGGGAGAUCAAAGGGAUUCGGAUUCGUGAACUUCACAGACGGUGAAUCUGCUAAAGAGGCUAUGACAGCAAUGGAUGGACAGGACCUCAAUGGGAGGAACAUCCGUGUCUCUCUAGCCCAAGAGAGAGCCCCUCGCAGCGGUGGUUUUGGUGGUGGUGGAGGAUAUGGCGGCGGUGGGGGCGGAUAUGGUGGAUCUAGAGGAAAUGAUGCAUACUAAGUAAACUUGUUAUCUUUGCUCAAUUGUCUAUACAGGCAUAGCAAAUUUAAGUAGGUAGGAGAUAGGAUUUAAACAUGCGCUUUUGUGUUGAAUGGAUUCUCUUUAGCUUUUAAUGUAUGCUUCUUCUAUAUUAAGGUUUUUUCAUAUGGUCA